AUGGCUGCCUUGGUUGACAAUCAGAUGCCCAUUACUCAGCUGGAAGACAGCAACGACGUUGAAGCCGGAGAUGAUGACCUUGGCGUUGAAGUCAAUAUGUCUGUUGCCGGCGGCCCCUAUGGAUCUUUCCAUGAGCCCAUUCACGAGUCUCUCACUCUAUCUGCCCUGAUCAGCAGCAACUCCGGUGUCUCCCCAGGCACCACCGUCAAGAAUGCCAGUAACCAUGACUGGGAAUACAUUCGGGGCUCAAUUUGGAAUGAUGAUCCUGAUUGUCAACUGUUUGACGAUUCUGUGAAUCAAAACCACUCAUACGCACUUGGUGCCGCUUGGUACAAAGCCUACCGUCAGGGACAAACAGAUUGGAACCCCAAUGCUAUGGAGAUGAACAGGCUCCGCAAUCCCAUUGGCCGUUCCCACUACGGUGAUCUUCAAUUUCUACACUGCAUGGCCUCGAACCGUGGUGAAAACCCGGAUGAUACCAAGGCAAAGAUCAUGGUUUGGAUGGAAGUCAUGUACAAGCUGGCGACGGGCGAAGAUGGCAUCAACCCCGACACAGUAGUUUCGACCACGAAGCUAUCUCAAUUUUGCCCUCCAAUGUCUCUUCCGCCGUCCUGGCUAUCUUUGUCCUACUAUUUGGCAAAGAACUCAAACUUUCAGGGGCUUGACAUCAGGAGACGUGCUCUGGGAAGCAUGUUCCACGUCAUCCAAGAUUCAUACGCCAUUGGUCAUACCAAACGCGAGCUCAUGAACAAAGAUGACAAGGUCUCUGAUAAUCCCCUCAAGUUCAAACAAGGUGUGGCAGAUCGUUGGGGACCAAUCGUCAACUUCCACACUUAUUUUGGUCAAGAUGGGGACUCCCAUUCGCACUAUGACCACUCCAACGAUGGUGUCCCCGAUCCUAGUAAUUUAGGCAAUCUGGAGCAGUGGAACAAUCUGAUUGGAUGCCGCGAUGCAGCUGAUAAAUGUAAGGAACUGGCUGAGAGGAAGAAUGCUGGAGAGAAGUGGGACAGUGUGAGGGAUUGGCUUGAUACUAAGGUGUUUGCCUUGUCGGAGAAUAAGACUGCUUCUGAUAGUUCCGUUCUGUAG